AUGGCGGGACGGGCCGCGAUGCGAACCCCUGAACCGCCCGACCGCGACGAACGCGAAGCUUCGCCACCGCGACUGGCAAGACCGAAACGCAUCACCAGACCACCCCGAAUCUAUGCUCAAGAACAAGAAAUCGACAAUGAACAGAGACAGACGCGACCUCAGCAAAAGAAGAGGACUGGACCCGAAUCUCAGCCUGAUAGGGCAACUUCGGAUGACUCCGCGACCGAGAGCGACAACCUCGAUGUGAACGAUUUGGUGAAAGAGAUCGCCAAACUCAGGACAGAAAUCAGACUACGAGACGAGUUGCACAAGGAAGAACUACAAACAGCCAAAGCAGAGUUCGGUGCUGCCCUCGCCGGGGUCCGGCACGAGCUACAGAACCUGACAGACAGGACCCCGACAUCGCAGUGCAACUCCGAAGCGUGCGCCCAGACUGGUCACGAUGAAAUCCUCCGAGAAAUCCAAUCCCUACGUGAAGAAAUUAGCGCUCCCGCUUUCACAGGUUCCCCGUCCUAUGCCGAUGUCGCCCGCACUCCCCCGCUCAGCCACCCGAGUAAUAUACGGAGCCUCUCGACAUCGAACACAACACCAACCACGUUCACCGACACACUCUAUUGCACAAUCGACACCUCCAGGAUGGCAGAGAACGAAAACGAGAGGAUGUCUGCAGGCUCUAUCCGGGCGGCAGUGGAGACAGAGAUCCGAGCGACGGCAGACCACACGCAUUGGCGUUGUCGCGCCGUCACUGUGGACCCGAAGAACACGAACCGGAUUAGAAUAGCGUGCCGCGACGAAGCCGAGCACCAGCUGAUCAAAAAAGUGGCGGAAUCCCAAAUCGGUGCGGGGGCACGGGUGCUUCGGGAUGAGCUUUACCCUAUCAAAGUGGACAGCGUUAACAAAGCCGCAGUUCUGGAUGAAAAAGAUGAGAUCCGUGCCGGAGCAGCAGCCGCCUUCAGCGAGGAGAACGAAGCCACCGUUGCGAAAGUCGCAUGGCUUAGCAAGAGGGAGAGCGCAAAAGCAUAUGGGUCAAUGGUCGUCUACCUCACUAAAGGUAGUGACGCACGGAGACUGCUAGCCGACGGGUUCUUCCAUGCUGGGGGAGAAUCCGGCGUGACCAGCACCUUCGAGCAUCGACCACGACCGAUGCAAUGCUAUAAGUGCCAGGAGAUUGGGCACAAGGCUUUUCAGUGCAAGAAUGCCCAGAGAUGCGCAAAUGCGUUCCAUGCGGGGGCCCUCAUGAAUCGUUCAGCAGAAACUGUCGGAAGCUCUAUCCGCCACGCAAUGAAUAAAACGCUCCGAGUGAUGCAACUGAACGUGAGGAAACAGGGUGAAGUGCAUGAAAGCCUCAUGAACGACCAAGAUACCGCAAACGCAGUGGCACUAGCGAUCCAGGAACCCCAGGCGAGGAGGAUUCAAGGCCGGCUCUUGACCACCCCGAUGGGACAUCAUAAAUGGACUAAGAUGGUCCCCUCCACGUGGAGCGAAGGGAGAUGGGCGGUUCGAAGCAUGCUGUGGGUAAAUAAGGAUGUGGAAGCGGAGCAAGUACAGAUCGAGUCGCCGGACCUAACAGCGGCUGUCAUUCGGCUUCCUGAGCGACGGAUUUUGAUAGCAUCGGCCUAUGUGGAAGGAGGCAAUGCCGCUGCGUUGAACGACGCUUGCGAUCACCUCAGAAAAGCUAUCACCAAAGUACAGCGAGACUCGGGAACGGUGGUGGAGAUCAUGAUCAUGGGGGACUUUAACCGCCAUGAUCAACUGUGGGGAGGAGACGAGGUGUCCUCGGUCAGACAAGGCGAAGCGGAUUCGAUCAUCGAUCUCAUGAAUGAAUUUGGACUCAGCAGCCUGCUUAAACGAGGCACGAAGACAUGGCACGGCGGAGGAUAUUCGGGAGACUGCGAGUCGACGAUCGACCUCGUUCUCGCCUCGGAAAACUUGACGGACUCGAUGAUCAAAUGUGCGGUCCACGGAACGGGGCACGGCUCAGAUCAUGUUACCAUUGAGACCAUUUUUGAUGUGCCUUGGACAGCUCCAACGCAGACAGACAGACUGCUGCUCAAGAAUGCACCGUGGAAAGAGAUCAAUGCCAGAAUCGCGAGCACGCUAACUGCCACUCCGGUGGAAGGUUCCGUGCAGCAGAAGACCGAUCGGCUGAUGUGCGCGGUGUCGGAAGCGGUUCGUGCGUUGACGCCGAAGGCCAAACCGUCACCGCACGCAAAGCGGUGGUGGACGGCGGACCUGACACAACUUCGUCAGAUAUACACACAUUGGAGAAACCACGCCCGCUCGGAACGACGAGCAGGACGAAAGGUGCCACAGCUGGAGGACAUGGCUGCAAGCGCGGCGAAACAAUAUCAUGACGCGAUUCGGAAACAAAAGAAGAAACACUGGAAUGAGUUUCUGGCCGACAACGACAACAUUUGGAAAGCUGCCAAGUAUCUCAAAUCUGGGGAAGAUGCAGCCUUCGGGAAGGUACCACAGCUCGUCAAAGCAGAUGGAACGGUUACCACCGAUCAUGGGGAGCAGGCGGAAGAACUACUGACUCAAUUCUUCCCGCCGCUGCCGGACAGCAUUGAUGAUGAGGGGAUUAGACCACAAAGAGCGCCAGUGGAUAUGCCGGCCAUCACCAUGGAAGAGGUAGAACGGCAGUUGCUUGCAACGAAGUCCUGGAAGGCACCAGGCGAGGAUGGCCUGCCGGCAAUAGCGUCACUGGAAGAAGGCACGCUGCCGAAACAGUGGCGACACGCCAAGAUCAUCCCGCUGAGAAAACCGAACAAGGAAGACUACACCAUUGCCAAGGCAUGGCGGCCGAUCUCACUGCUCGCCACAUUAGGCAAGAUCCUGGAAUCGGUGGUGGCAGAGAGAAUCUCCCACGCGGUAGAGACCCACGGCCUGCUCCCGACCAGCCACUUCGGAGCCCGAAAGCAGCGGUCCGCGGAGCAAGCACUCCUACUCCUGCAGGAGCAAAUCUACGCAGCGUGGCGAGGAAGACGGGUGCUGAGCCUGAUCAGCUUCGAUGUCAAGGGGGCCUACAAUGGGGUCUGUAAGGAACGACUGGUCCAGAGGAUGAAAGCGCGAGGUAUACCGGAGGUUCUGCUUCGGUGGGUUGAGGCGUUCUGCUCGGGACGAACGGCGGCCAUCCAGAUCAAUGGACAACUGUCGGAGGCUCAGGACCUGCCACAGCCUGGACUGCCUCAGGGCUCGCCCCUGUCUCCAAUCCUAUUUCUCUUCUUCAACGCCGACCUCGUGCAGAGGCAGAUCGACAGCCAGGGAGGAGCAAUUGCCUUCGUGGAUGACUUUACCGCGUGGGUGACCGGGCCAACCGUGCACAGUAAUCGGGAGGGCAUCACAAGCAUCAUUAACGAAGCGCUCGACUGGGAGAAGAGGAGCGGAGCAACUUUUGAAGCCGACAAAACAGCGAUUAUACACUUCGCACCCAAGGCUCGCAAAGUGGAUCAAGAGCCGUUCACUAUCAAAGGACAGACGGUGGAGCCCAAAAGCAAGGUCAAAAUCCUGGGGGUGCUGAUGGACACGAGACUGAAGUACAAGGAGCAUAUUGCAAGAGCAGCGUCCAAAGGUCUGGAGGCAGCGAUGGAGCUUCGACGUCUCCGAGGUCUCUCUCCAGCGACAGCGCGGCAGCUGUUCUCAUCGACGGUAGCUCCAGUGGUGGACUAUGCCUCGAACGUCUGGAUGCACGCCCUCAAGAAUCAAAACAUAGGACCGAUCAACCGGGUGCAAAGGGUAGGAGCGCAAGCAAUUGUGGGCACAUUCCUCACCGUGGCGACCAGCGUAGCGGAGGCCGAGGCCCAUAUCGCCGCGGCACGACACCGAUUCUGGAGACGAGCCGUGAAGAUGUGGACGGACCUCCACACACUACCUGAGACCAAUCCUCUCCGCAGAAACACAGAUCGGAUCAGGAAAUUCAGGAGAUACCACCGCUCACCACUGUACCAAGUAGCGGACGCGCUGAAAAACAUCGACAUGGAAUCGCUGGAAACCAUCAAUCCGUUCACACUGGCACCAUGGGAAGCACGCGUACAGACUGAUGAUGAGCCUGUCUCAGAUUGGUCAACUGUACCAGGCGGAUCAAUGCGGAUCGCGUUCAGCAGCUCGGCACGGAACGAGCUGGUCGGAUUUGGAGUGGCGAUCGAGAAACAACCACCCCGCUAUCGGAAAGUGAGACUGAAGACCUUGUCCGUCACGUUGAGCGCGAGGACAGAGCACAAUCCGUUUUCCGCGGAGCUGGCGGCAAUGGCGCAUACACUCAAGACACUCGUGGGAUUGAAAGACUUUAGGAUCACGUUGAUCACGAGCAACAAAGGGGCAGCUCUCAUGCUGAAGAAUCCGCGACCACGGUCGGGCCAGGAAUUUGUCUGUCAAAUCUACAAGCUGAUGAGAAGACUGCAGAAGCAUGGAAAUCAGAUCAGCGUCCGGUGGAUCCCCACUAGCGAAGACAACAAACUACUAGGGCUGGCGAAAGAGCAGGCGAGAGCCGCGACGAAAGAAGAUGCCAUCCUGCAAGGACAGGUCCCCAAAAUGAAAUCGACGACUCUAAAGAUCGCGCGUACCCAAGCAAUCCCCAGCAGUAAGCUACCUGAGAGCAUCGGGAAACAUUCGAGACGAGUGGAUAAAGCCCUUCCGGGAAAACACACGCGACAGCUGUAUGACCGAUUAUCGUGGAAAGAAGCGAGCGUGCUGUCCCAGCUCCGCACGGGGAUGGCAAGACUCAAUGGAUAUCUCUUUCGAAUCAAUGCCGCCAAGACAGAUCAAUGUGCAUGUGGACAAGCAAGAGAGACGGUAGACCACUUUCUCUUUCGAUGUCGGAAGUGGACCGCGCACCGGACGGAAAUGCUGCAAUGUACCCACACUCACCGAAGUAACAUGUCCUUCUUCUUGGGAGGGAAGUCACCCUCCGAUGAUCAAAAGUGGAAGCCGAAUUUGGAAGCAGUGCGAGCGUCAAUACGAUUCGCCAUCGCCACGGGCCGACUUGAGGCCACCUAG